GCCGGCUGCGCGGCUAGUGAAGCAGAGCGCGGGCGGAGUGAGCAGGCUGUGCCGCCGAGAGGGCUGAGCGGAGCUUGCGGCCCGAGCCGAGCGGAGCCGAGCAGCGCCGAGCAGAGCCGAGCGCCGGUCUGGGGGAGACAUGCAGAUGAUGACUAGGAACGUCCUGCUGAACAUGGAGCUGGAAGACGACGAUGAUGAGGAUGGAGACAUCGGUGAUGUUCCCGACUCCAGGAGGCCUUUUCUGGCUCCUCAUUCUCUCCUACCGUCCGGUCUGGUGCUGGAAAACCUUGACCAGACAAUUGUCUGUCCCAGCUUCGGCUCGCUGGAGAAUCAGCAGGAUUUCCGAACUCCAGAGUUCGAAGAAUUUAACGAAAAGCCUGACUCCCUCUUUUUCACUGACGGCCAGAGACGAAUCGACUUUGUUCUCGUGUAUGAAGACGAAACUAAAAAGGAAAACAACAAAAAAGGGACCAAUGAAAAACAAAGGAGGAAAAGACAAGCAUAUGAGUCUAACCUCAUCUGUCAUGGCCUGCAGCUGGAAGCAACAAGAUCAGUCUCUGAUGACAAGCUUGUGUUUGUAAAAGUGCAUGCACCCUGGGAGGUGCUCUGCACCUACGCUGAGAUCAUGCACAUCAAACUCCCCCUGAAGCCCAAUGACCUGAAAACCCGCUCGCCCUUCGGCACUCUCAACUGGUUCACCAAGGUCCUCCGCGUGAAUGAGAGUGUCAUCAAGCCAGAGCAGGAGUUCUUCACUGCCCCGUUUGAGAAGAGCCGGAUGAAUGAUUUCUAUAUCCUGGAUAGAGACUCCUUCUUCAAUCCUGCCACCAGAAGCCGCAUUGUUUAUUUCAUCCUCUCUCGAGUCAAAUACCAAGUGAUGAACAACGUUAGCAAAUUUGGGAUCAAUAGACUGGUCAGUUCUGGAAUCUACAAGGCAGCGUUCCCUCUGCACGAUUGCCAGUUCAACCAUGAGUCGGAGGACCCCAGCUGUCCUAGUGAACGUUACCUCCUGUACAGGGAGUGGGCUCACCCUCGAAGCAUAUACAAGAAGCAGCCCUUGGACCUUAUCAGGAAGUAUUACGGAGAGAAGAUUGGAAUCUACUUUGCUUGGCUGGGCUAUUACACGCAGAUGCUCCUGCUUGCAGCUGUGGUGGGCGUGGCCUGCUUCCUCUACGGCUAUCUCGGCCAGGAUAACUGCACCUGGAGCAAAGAGGUCUGUGACCCCGACAUCGGCGGCCAGAUCCUGAUGUGUCCCCAGUGUGACAGGCUGUGUCCAUUCUGGAGGCUGAAUAUCACCUGUGAAUCCUCGAAGAAACUGUGCAUCUUUGACAGUUUUGGAACCCUGGUCUUCGCGGUGUUUAUGGGAGUGUGGGUGACGCUGUUUUUGGAGUUUUGGAAGCGGCGCCAGGCAGAGCUUGAGUAUGAGUGGGACACUGUUGAGCUACAGCAUGAGGAACAGCCCCGGCCAGAGUAUGAAGCCCAGUGUAAUCACGUGGUGAUAAAUGAGAUCACUCAGGAGGAGGAGCGCAUCCCGUUUACUACCUGUGGGAAGUGUAUCCGGAUCACGCUGUGCGCGAGCGCUGUCUUUUUCUGGAUUCUGCUCAUCAUCGCGUCUGUGAUCGGCAUCAUCGUCUACAGGCUGUCCGUGUUCAUUGUCUUCUCGACAACCCUCCCCAAGAACAUCAACGGGACAGACCCAAUCCAGAAGUACCUGACGCCGCAGAUGGCCACCUCCAUCACAGCCUCCAUCAUCAGCUUCAUCAUCAUCAUGAUCCUGAACACCAUCUACGAGAAGGUGGCCAUCAUGAUCACCAACUUUGAACUCCCCAGGACCCAGACUGACUAUGAGAACAGCCUGACCAUGAAGAUGUUCUUGUUCCAGUUCGUCAACUACUACUCUUCGUGUUUUUACAUCGCGUUCUUUAAGGGCAAAUUUGUAGGCUAUCCAGGGGACCCGGUGUACUGGCUGGGCAAGUACAGAAACGAAGAGUGUGACCCAGGUGGCUGUCUCCUUGAACUGACGACGCAGCUGACAAUCAUCAUGGGCGGAAAGGCAAUCUGGAAUAACAUACAGGAAGUGCUGCUCCCAUGGGUCAUGAAUCUGAUUGGACGAUAUAAAAGAGUUUCGGGAUCAGAGACAAUAACUCCACGAUGGGAACAGGAUUACCAUCUGCAGCCCAUGGGCAGGCUGGGGUUGUUCUAUGAGUAUCUUGAAAUGAUUAUUCAGUUUGGGUUCGUCACCUUAUUUGUGGCCUCUUUUCCACUGGCUCCCCUGCUGGCUCUGGUGAACAAUAUAUUGGAAAUAAGAGUGGACGCGUGGAAGCUGACGACUCAGUAUAGACGCAUGGUGCCAGAAAAAGCCCGGGACAUCGGCGCGUGGCAGCCCAUCAUGCAAGGAAUAGCCAUCCUGGCUGUGGUGACCAAUGCCAUGAUCAUUGCCUUCACGUCAGACAUGAUCCCCCGACUGGUGUACUACUGGUCCUUCUCCAUCCCUCCCUACGGGGAGCACACUUACUACACCAUGGACGGCUACAUCAACAACACUCUCUCCGUCUUCAACAUCACCGACUUCAAAAACACAGACAAAGAAAACCCAUACAUUGGGCUUGGAAACUAUACCCUGUGCAGGUACCGUGACUUCCGAAACCCACCUGGGCACCCACAAGAGUAUAAACACAACAUCUACUAUUGGCACGUGAUUGCCGCCAAGCUGGCUUUUAUCAUCGUCAUGGAGCAUGUCAUCUACUCUGUGAAGUUUUUCAUUUCGUAUGCAAUUCCAGAUGUGUCCAAAACCACCAAGAGCAAGAUCAAGAGGGAGAAGUACCUCACGCAAAAGCUGCUUCAUGAGAGUCACGUCAAAGACCUGACCAAAAACAUGGGGCUUCUUAUCGCCGAGAGGAUGGGAGAGGUGAUUGACAACAACGUGCGCCCGAAACUCGAAUGAGGGAGAGUUUUAUGUCCCGAGAAGCACUUUAAGAAUAAUUAACUGUCCGACGUGUCAUGAAUCACUAAAGAGGAUGUUGCUCCGUCACUUAGGCAAACGGGAGUCUUCACUGUGCCCAUUUCUACCUGUAUCGAUUUUCAGUUUCGGCUAGCAACGCGGGAACUGGGAAAUGGAAAACUUUGAUCAAGAAAGGCAUAAAACUGCCUACCUACCUACCUGGAAAACCUGAAUAUGUUCCCUUUUUUUGAUAAAUUGGAAUUUUAGUAACAGAUAAAGCCUCGAAGCAUGCUUGAGUCCUUCCAGGGGACUUUGCUUUUCUGGUCUGAAGCACACACCUGUGCUUAGUUUUUGCAUUUUGCCAAAUCUAUCCCUGACAGUACCAUCACCAAAGACCAGGCAUACCUCAGCCUUAAUCGCUUUUGUGUUCUUGACAAUAGCCAGCUCAGAAUUGAGUUUGGAUGCCAUAUUCGGUGCCAGGUAGACUGAAGCGUUCACAGUAUUUCAGUGUCUUACUCCACCCCUAAGGAAGGAGACCUCGCUGCAGAAGACUCCGUCUUCAUUUCAGCCUGCAUCACCCCCUCUGAGAAAUACUCAUCCUAGAUUAGCAUGAAGAGAGAGGGUAUUAAAUGAAGUCUGUCCCCGUCACUCCACAGUGACACCUCUGCCUUCUAGCACCUCUCCCAGCAUGCUCUGGGCCUGAUCCGUGUUGACUGCUCUGCAGACCUUAAGGGAGUAAGAUGAGAAAGUAGGAAAAAAGUAACUCCUACUGAUCUGGAUAUUUAAUUUACCUCUUCUUGAUUAUGUAAGUUUCUUAGGGACAGGAUAAUCAAAUGGUUGUGACUGCAUUGUUAUCAGCAUGAUGGGCUGGGAAAGGUGAGCCCAUCAACUGUGCAAACUGACUUACCCAGAGGAAGGCUCUACCAAUCACAAAGCGCCUUCUGCUUGUCUUACUGCAAAGGCUGGUGGUGGCCUGUCCACAACGGGCGUGGCCAGAGCAGCAGCCAGCAGCCUGAUGACUAGCCCUGUCCUGUGAUCCUUGUGUGGCUGGCAUCACUCACUGGGAACCCUACUGACUUUUCUGCUUGCCACAGUGACCAGCCUUCUUGCCGUCUCUGUUCAUUUCCUAGGCCUGCUAGCUCGUUUGGUAAUCACAGCUGUGCUGGAGACAGAUCUACCCGGAUUACUGCCCUUUGAGGGAGGAGACCCUGGAUUUAAUGUUAGCCCCCACCCUCCUCUCAGGCCAUAAGGCAAUUAAGGGAAGGGCUGGUUGUCUGCCCGUGGCUUGCUGCUCAGCCCUCGCCCCCUGGUGCCUUGCCCUCUCUGCUGCUCACCUGAACGGUUUCUUGAGCUCUGCAGCCUACACAUGCUCAGCUUUCCUCCAGUAGGUCUAGAGAAGACGUGGUUACACCAUGAACCCUUGAUGAUGGAUGACAGAGGUCAGUGCUGGGUGAAGAAAGGAGGACCCGCCUCACAGCAUUUGAGAUGGGCCUCUGCUGACUGGAGUGGUGUGAAGUGCCUGGGUGCCCAGGAGCCAAUCCAAGGAAAGUGAACGGUUUUAGAGAGCACCUUCUCUAGGCUGCAGUUUUAAAUGCCUGCCCAGAAUGGUCUAUUAGAGUAUCAGCAUGAUUAAUCAAAGCUUUUGAGUAGUCCAGUGGGGUCAGUGGGAACAUUUCUCCACCUCCCUUGUACUGGGUGUCCAGGACCUGCCAUACACUGUCUAACUGUGCUAAGACAGAAGUGACUGUCUCGACCACACCAGGGAUGUUCUCACUCCCCAGUUGACUCCAGGUGCCACUCCCUGGCCCCACCCAGACUGCCCUGGACUUCCUCACUCGCUCUAUUACCUCUUCUCCAGACCCUGUGCUCUUUUCCUAAGGAUCGAAAGUACUCACACCUUACAACCCAGAAAAGGAAAGAUUCCUUGCAUCUCUCUUUUCCUCCUUUCUUUAUAUACACAAAGAAAACUUCAAAUGAAAAGUGCAUUUAUUCAUCUAUAUCCCCCAGCCAAGAACCCCCUUCACAGUGUAGAAAGUGCCACUGUGGACAGGAGAGAAACACACAGACAAGAAAGGAAGGAAGGAAGGAAACCCUGCUUUUCCAAAGGGAGCAAGUGUGAUGUCUAAUGCCACCGGGAUGCUGAAAGGCUAAGUUGCAGUGAGCUGCGGAGUCCCAUGGCAUCAGUAUUAUUCCAGCCUGUGCUAAGGUGGGAAUGGAGAGGAAUGGGGGGGGGGGAGUGCGUAGAGACACCUGCAGUGGCAGUCUGCGUCUGUCAGUAGCAGUGAGGUAGCCCCCAGCCCCAGGAAAACCAAGGGCAUGACAGUGCUGGGUGGGGGGAGGAUCUGGCCCUCCACCUAUCCCGAGUUAACCACUAGAAAAGUUUUAUCCUUUUAUAUUGCCUUUGAAUUUUAAUGAAUGGAAGCGGUAGACCCAAUACUCAGGGGAUUUUUCUUUAAACGUUCCUCAGAUCUCUUAGAUGUUCCAUUAGAAAUAGAAGGUUGUAAUUUGUCUUGAAACUAAGCAAGGCCAUCUGGUAACAAGUUCGUCAAGUUCUCCCUUUGUAGUGCGCAGGAGUCGUGAGUUUCAUAGGACAUUCAUUCGCGUUGGGGGCAGAAUGUGAGGUGUUAGUUACACACUUCUUGUGCGCUCCUUGCGUUUCCCGGUAUGUUUGAAAAUGGAAGCGGUGCGCAGCUUAGCUGAAAAGGGACUGAAAUUCAUGAUGCUUCCCCAUACAAUGUAGCAUCGGUGUAAUGUCUGUAACUGAUGUUUGUUAAUUUCUAUGCAUUUUAAUAUUUUUUAAUUAUGAGCAUUUUAAUAAAUUCAGUUUUACAAACAA